GGCGGCGCGGGCGCUGCCGGGAUGGCGUUCACGCUGUACGCGCUGCUGCAGGCCGCGCUGCUCUUCGUCAACGCCAUCGCGGUGCUGCACGAGGAGCGCUUCCUCCGCCGGAUUGGCUGGGGAACGGAUCAAGGUAUCGGAGGAUUCGGAGAAGAGCCAGGGAUCAAAGGGCAGUUAAUGAACCUGAUCCGAUCUGUUCGGACAGUUAUGAGAGUGCCAUUAAUUGGAGUGAACACGGUGACAAUUGUGCUGCUGCUGUUAUUCGGUUGAAAUCGUCUUCAGAAAAAUCUGGUUAAGCGUCUAAAGCCAACGGACUGAAGACCGCUUUGCACUCGGGACCCAAUCUGAGGAGAGCUUCUGAAGAAGCUGCCUAUUGGUCUCAAUAAAGAUGCCGUUUAUAUUUAACGUAUUGCUUAAUAGACACUCCAGUUCAUUAAAUCCAAUAAUUAAA